UUUCCUAACCUUUCAUAGCUCGACUGACAGCUAGCUAGCUGUCUCAGCUCAGUGUUUGGUUUGGGCAUCAUCAUGCUCUCGCCGAUGUUGCUUCUCCGGCUGUUCUUUGCAGUUACUUUUUCCUACGUCUUCGCGGCCAGUGGUCUGGUAGCUAGUGCGGUGUGUCUCAUACUCACCGUGUUUCUAUGGCCCUGUGCCAGGAUGACAUACAGAAAGAUCGUGUGCUGGAUAGGAUACAGUAUACUGGGACAGAUAGUGUGGGUGUGCAGAGACUGGGCCACGCUGGAUAUAGUACUGUACGGGGAGGACAGUGCCUACGAGAAAUUUGCCAAGGAAUCGGCCCUGAUGAUUUGCAGUCACCGUGGUGAUUUGGACUGGGUGGCUGGCCUUGUUGUCGGAGCCUACUACAAGGCUCUCCAUGCCAUACGGUCACUUCCGAAACGAUCGGUACUGUUUGUCCCCGGGUUUGGUCAGAUUUGUUGGGCACUCGAGUUCCCAUUCCUGAAAAGAAACUACGCUCAGGACCAGGAAACAAUUGCCAAGAUCUCGGACAUUUACAACAACUACCCGUACCCCAUACAGGUGGCUAUAUUUUGUGAGGGUACUAGGUUUACAGUGGAGAAGCACAAGCUAGCUGUCAAGUUUGAGCAAGAGAAAGGUCUUCCAGUGUUAAACCACCACCUUGCUCCUCGUACCAAGGGGUUCGCCGUAUUAGCUGAGCAUUUCAAACCUGGAGGAAAGUUCACAGCCGUGCUUGAUGUUGGAUUUGCCUAUCGUGACUGGCCUGGACAGAACCUACCCAGUUUCCUGGACAUGCUCUUAGGGAAGAAAGUGACACUGCUCUGGUACAUGAGGAGGAUUCCAAUGGAGGACCUACCAUCGGGUCACGAGGAGCUGCAGAGAUUUUGUUAUCAGCUAUUUCAGGACAAGGACAAGGUCUAUGAGUACUUCCUACAGAAUGGAGUGUUCCCUGGGCCCUCACGGCCCCUCCCUCCUCACACGAACACUAUGUGGUUUGUUCGCCUCAACACCUUCUUCUGGGCCAUGGUCACCUGCGUAGUACCUGCACUGGUCAUGUUCUGCACACUCUCCUGGUUCACUCUAGGGCUCCUCUGUGCUGGGGGAACUCUCUUCAAUGGAUUGGCACUUGCGGGGCUGCUCAAGUACGCCUAUGGUGGAGACAUUCCAGUAGACACUCCAGAAGUGAAAAAGAAAACAAACUAAGAAGACAAGAAAAAUUAGAUCAAUUCAUUUUUUAGUGUGUGAUUCCCCAUUGAAGUUUUUUCAUUUCCUCUGUUUUUGGCCGCGGUUAAAAUAAUUAUUAGUUAUUAGCUAA